AGAGAGUGUAGCGUCUUGGUGAAUAAGCAUUCUUGCUAGUCAUGGAAGAGGAUCCUCAAGACGAUCUUUUUCGAUGCGCCUUGUGCGGGACCGCGGAAGGUGAUUCAUCCAAUCUAUCAUCUCAUACAUCGCUACAAACGAAUGCCACGGUCCGGUGUGGACAUCAAUUCUGUAACUCCUGCAUCGAUCGAGAACUCGUCCGCAAGCGUGAAUUUCCCUGCCCUGUAUGUCAAACCCCCGUCAAACGUGUGACGCUAACCGUCCGGAGUCUAGACGAUGUCCAGUGCGAAAAGGACACAUCUUGGCGUCGACGGGUACUGAAAGUCUUCAACAAAACUGAGCCAGACUUCUCUUCUCUGCUGGAAUUUAACAAUUAUCUGGAACAAGUUGAAGACAUGAUCUACUCUAUUGUCAACGAAGAGCCAGAUGCUGAAGCUUGUAAGGCGAAGAUUAAGGAGUAUGAAAACGCUCACAAGACAGAAAUCGUCAUUCGGCAAUCCCAACGCGCCGAUGAGGAACGUUCCAUCCAGGAUCGGAUCGCCGCUGAGCAAAGAAGCACCGAGCGACUCCGGCGUGAAGCGUUUGAUGAGGAAAAGGCUGUCGCUAACGCUAAGAAGCGUCUAAAGCAGGAAAGUACGCAGGUGUUGCUAGGAGAACGUGAAGAAGUAUCGGCGGAGCUGCGACAAGCCCAGAUGCAAGGGUACCGCAAUGAGUUAAAGAGGCAGUCGAGAGGUAAAAAAAGCAGCGACUUUGUCUCGCCACGCGUUCGGGAACCAGCCGAUGGUUGGAAAAAGGAAACACUGGAUCGGCAGCUGUAUUUAAAACGGCAAGCAGCGGGUGGGGGAAUACCGACGGGAAGUAUUGCAUCACUGGAACGCAACUGGAACGAAACGGUACAAUCACUUUUUGCCAGAAUGAAAGCCUAA